GCUGGUCCUGUUUUCCCUCAUCUUGUUUUUAAGUAAUGAUUAAUCCCACAAGUGUGUUCUCAUUCAUUAACAACAACUUUUUCCACCGUUUACUGACCAGGAAAGUGUUGUGCAACAUGUGAAAGUCCCAGGGAAGCUACGGAAAUCCUGAGUUUCAGCAAAACCUGAAGAAUGGUGAUGUGGGAAAGAAUGUGGACAUACAAUAGGUAACCAAACCCAGAGGAAAAGAGAGAUGGGCAAGUCAUGGAGGCAUAUGAGUCCCCAGCUCCUGAUUGUCCUAUGCAGAGGAAGUCUUUUAAUGCUUACAACCCCCUUUCCAAGGUACUACUGCCGUAUUUGGGGUUUGUGGUCACAGAACAGAAAAAUCCUGGAUUCUGACAACUGAACGUGUAUUUUAAUCGGGAAGCAACUUGCUUCCUAAGGCAAUAGAGUAAAUGAGGUUUCACCAAUGUGCAGUGCAGUGACAUCAAGCAGCUUCCUUCAUUUUGAGUAAACCUCACGUUCGAGCAAACUUAACUCAUGCUUGUAAGUAGCACAUUGUAAUAAAUUACAAAGGUACUAUAGGUUUACAGAAUUGCAAUCUCUUCUCAAAAGGAGAUGAGGUCAAAAAGAUCCUUUAGGCAAACUCAGCUGGGACUCUGGUAUACCAAGGAAAAAAAUGUGAAAUUCUCUUGUGACUUUAAGUAGUUUCAGAAUCAAUUUCACUCCAUAUUAUUCUGUUAUUUCUUAUUCUGAUAAUUGAGAACCAUUUUCUCCAGCACUGCAGUGCUUUUAACUGACUCAUAUGCUCCCCCAUCACCAGCAAAGGCUGCCACAAUAAGCAGCAAAGUACCACUGCAAGUGUCUAAUUAUUUAGUCUUGCUUUCCCUGAUUUCCUCUAUUAAAUUAAUAUUCAUAGUCGCAUUUGGACACCACUCUGUGUCUCUGGACUCUUAAACAACAUCGGCAUAUCUGGGACUGAGGGAACAAGCAUUUUUUUUUAGUAGAGAUCUCAAACUCCUUCUGCACAGCUAAAUAACUAACCAAAGGAGAAAGCCAGCCUCUUGCACCAUGAGCUGAACCCUCAAGAUGGGAAUGAAAUACACUGAGAAAAUUGACAGAUCUUGUACUGAAUGAGAACAGACAAAAUCGUGUCAUCACCCUUACAGACUAUGUCACCUUGAAGGGGAAAGGUUUAUUGAACCAUGUAUGGGAAAGCAGUAUAGCCGGGCUCCUCUACAACCUUUUGUCCAGACAAAACUAUAAUAUUUUGUUGGAAAAAUAAACUCUGAAAAGUGGCCCUUCAGGAUCAUAUUUCUAUGUAGGAUUUGCAUAGACUAGAUGCAGAAAUUUUGUCCAUUUUCUGCUGGGUACUAGAAGAGCUUUUUAUAAACUUCAGUACAGUAGUAGAACAGUAACAACUAUACACACACACUUCCAGUCUGUAAGUAGCAAUAGCUGUAUGUCGUGUCUUGCACAGGACACACUCAACCAGCCCGCAAGCCGUGAUCACACUGCCGGCGCUUCAUUCAUAUCUCCUAAGCAGACUCCUGGCGCCCAGCCACCCCGGCAAGAGCACAGAAGGCAGGGUGGGAUGGUGUGAGGUACAUUCCUUCAUCUGCAUGAAAGUAACUGCGGGGUGGGUGGAAACAUCUCAUAAUUAGAGCAUGGGACGGAAAUUAAGAUUUCUACCAACUCCGCCACAGACCCAGUUUGUUAUCCUUGACAGAAAGAUCUCCAGCCUCUCUUUGUCCAUCUGCAAAGCCAGGGGCAGUAGGGAGUGGGGAGACCUAGAUAGUGAAUGUUCACGAGCACCCGGAGAUCUCCUGAAGGCAGCGGCUGGACAUCCUCCACGCCGGGCACACCGGUCAGCCCCACCGCGGACGGUAACGUGCGGGCAUUUCGGAAGGGUGUUACUACGGCAGCCCUCUCCCUGCGGCAGGAACCCAUGACACGGCGGGUGACCCGUGUCCCACUACUACAGACCGCUGCCCAGGCCGGGCCGGGCCCUCACCACGCAAGGCCGAGCGCCGGCUCGGGCUGUUCCUCUGUGAGGCUCCGUCGCGCCCCGGCAGCAGGUGCCGCCCGGCCGCAGUGGCGCAGCCUCCUAGCAGCGCGGCGGGAGGCGGGCAGGGCGCCCGAUGGGCUGGUUGAGAGCCCCGCGGAGCGCCCCGGACAUGAGGAGGGCGGCGGGAGGAGGCGCGGCGGCAGGCGAGGUGAAGGCGACCUUUCCACCGCUACUCCUGCCCGCGACGCCGGCGGGGCCGGCUGCUCUCCUCACGGUAUGCGGCUGCCGACAGCCCGCAGGAAUACGGAACACUUUAUAUUCAGGAAUACAAGAAAAACAACAAAGUGGAGUCAAGUACAUGCAGCAGCUUCAUGGGCUUGAAGGAUCAUCUGGGGCAUGACUUAGGCCACCUUUAUGUGGGGAACACUGGCACACAAAUAAAUGCAAUUGUACCUUGGUCAAUGGUGGAGAAGCCGACUAUGGAUAAGGUUAAUUCUAGGAAAGAAGAUGUGGACAAGGAGGCAUCUGAAGAGACUUUUGGAAGUUCCAGCUGUGACUCUGAAGAAGGCACAAAUUCUGAUAAUGAUUCAGAGAGACUGAAUAACUCUGCAUCAGAAUCACAUUUAUUGCCUAAGACUCACCGACUGGUGUGCCGAUCUCCUUGCCUAGAGCCUCAUAUACUAAAAAGAAAUGAAAUCUUGCAAGACUUUAGGAUAGAAGAGGCCCAGAUAGUACCUAAGGAAGUAAAAAAAAACCCUGAUGUGGUCAAAGAAUAUCAAACCAAACUGGAGUUUGCACUUAAGUUGGGUUACUCUGAAGAACAGGUUCAACUUGUACUAAAUAAACUUGGUACUGAUGCUUUAAUAAAUGAUAUUUUGGGAGAACUUGUCAAACUUGGGAAUAAAACUGAGACUGAUCAGACUGUAACUAAUGCUAACACUAGUGUAAUGCGUGAAGCGUCUUCCAUAGAGUCUCAGAGGUCAGAGUCUCCAUUGCAGGAGGAUGUGACAGAAGAUGGUGACAACCUGAGGCCCAUAGUUAUUGAUGGCAGCAAUGUUGCAAUGAGCCAUGGGAACAAAGAAGUAUUUUCUUGUCGAGGAAUCAAAUUGGCAGUAGACUGGUUUUUGGAAAGAGGCCACAAGGAUGUUACUGUGUUUGUGCCAGCAUGGAGAAAAGAACAGUCGAGACCUGAUGCUCUUAUCACAGAUCAAGAAAUCUUGCGUAAAUUAGAAAAGGAGAAGAUUCUUGUGUUCACACCAUCCCGCCGAGUGCAAGGGAGAAGGGUGGUAUGCUAUGAUGACCGAUUUAUAGUGAAGUUGGCCUUUGAGUCAGAUGGCAUCAUUGUUUCCAAUGAUAACUACAGGGAUCUAGCUAAUGAAAAGCCUGAAUGGAAGAAGUUCAUAGAUGAACGCUUGCUGAUGUAUUCAUUUGUUAAUGACAAAUUUAUGCCUCCUGAUGAUCCUCUUGGCCGCCAUGGGCCAAGUCUGGACAAUUUUCUUAGGAAGAAGCCUAUUGUACCAGAACAUAAGAAGCAACCAUGUCCCUAUGGGAAGAAAUGUACCUAUGGACACAAAUGCAAAUACUAUCAUCCAGAAAGAGGAAAUCAGCCUCAGCGAUCUGUAGCUGAUGAACUUCGUGCCAUGUCUAGAAGCACAGCUGCCAAAACUACGAGUGAGGGAGGACUGGUAAAAAGCAAUAGUGUUCCCUGUAGCACUAAAAAUGAUGGCAUUUCUGAGCUGAAACGUGCUGCUCCAAAGAGGCAAUCAGAUCCUAGUAUAAGGACUCAAGUCUAUCAAGACUUGGAGGAAAAGCUUCCCACCAAAAACAAGUUGGAAACCAGGUCUGUACCUUCUUUAGUUAGCAUACCAAGUUCCUCUGCUGCAAAACCCCAAAGUACUGCACCUUUAACUAAUGGCCUUCCAUCCGGAGUUCACUUCCCACCUCAGGAUCAAAGACCACAGGGACAGUAUUCUACAGUGAUGAUGGCAACCAAAAAUCACGGAACACCAAUGCCUUAUGACCAGUAUCCAAAAUGUGAGUCUCCUGUGGAUGUAGGUUAUUACUCUAUGCUGAGUGCAUAUUCAAAUCUAAGUAUAUCUGGUCCACGUAGUCCUGAGAGGCGCUUCUCCUUGGACACAGAUUAUAGAAUUAGCUCUGUAGCUUCUGACUGCAGCAGUGAAGGGAGCAUUAGCUGUGGCAGUAGUGAUUCCUACAUGGGUUACAGCGAUCGCUCUUACAUGAGUUCUCCUGACCCACAGCUGGAGGAGAACUUGAAGUGCCAACAUAUGCACCCCCAUGGCCGCCUUAACACUCAGCCUUUCCUGCAGAGCUACCAUGAGCCUCUUGCACGAGUGCAAAACUAUAGUCAUGAAGAACCAAAGCAUCACCACAAACCUCCAGUUCCGUACAUGGCUGUGCAUCUGCAGCAUCCAACAGUUGGUGCUCGUUCUAGUUGUCCCAAUGACUACUCUGCAUCUCAGAGUUCAUCACACACAAAGACCAUGCAUCUGGGGAGAGCCCUUGUGUCCACAAGAAUAGACAGCAUUUCAGACUCACGUUUAUAUGAUAAUUCUCCAUUAAGACACAGAAAGCCUUAUUCUGGCCAAGAUGGGCUUGGAAGCUGGGAUAGGCAGAGUUAUGGGAUGGAUGCAUAUGGCUACCGCCAGACCUACUCCUUGUCAAGUAACCCCACACAGCCGUGUUAUGAGCAGUUUGCCUUCCAAAGCUUACCUGAACAGCAGGACCAGACCUGGCGUGUACCUUACUGUGGAAUCCCUCAAGACCCUCCAAGGCACCAAGACACACGGGAGAAGGUUUACAUUAACCUCUGCAACAUCUUCCCCCCUGAUCUUGUGAGGAUCGUUAUGAAGAAGAACCCUCAUGUGACGGACGCUCAGCAGCUCGCUGCAGCCAUCUUAAUGGAAAAAUCUCAGCUGGGUUAUUGAGAGAAGAUACAUCUUUGUGGUGUCUAGUAGUUUUCAGCUCAGCUCUAAUGCUGAGGGAGGUUUGCUACAAUAGCAUUUGGGAUCUCCUUCUCAGCAAGGAGGUUAUAUAGUAAUCCGUUUAUGUGAAAUACUGUAUCAUGGAGUCUGUAUGUAUAGCCCCAUGCAUUGGAAGUACCAGAUAUGUUUUGUGUUCUAGUUUGAAAUUUUUUAAAUGGCUAUUUUCACAUCUGGAAAAUGUUCCAGUUUAAAUUAAUAUAUAUAUAUGUAUAAAAAUAAUCUGUGGUCUCUGGUUAUAAUCUUUGGUGCAUCAGGGGUUUAUAUGCAGCACUUUCUAUUCUUGUUACAUGUUGUUGGGAUUUUUGUUUUCGUUUUUAACUUGCUGAAUGUUUGUCCUUGGUCUGUGUGGUAUUAAAACAACCUGCAGAAAGGAUUUUGCUACUUCUGGCAGGCAAUUUUCAAGCCAAGUUUUUGAACUUUUUACAACACCAUAAGUAUCUAUGUUUGUUUGUUUGUUUGUUUGUUUUUGUGAGCUUUUUUAUGCUAUAAUUAUUUAUAGGAAACAAAGAUUUGCAACAGCACUGACUUUGUUUUUUUAAACAAAUAAUUGAGUUACCAGUUAACAGUGAAAUGGGUAAGAAUAUAUUGGUAAUUUACAGUAUGGCACUUUCAUUGCUUGCUUUGUUUUCUUUAAAUAGUUACAUGUUUUGUUGAUGCAGUCUAUUAGUAAGAUCAGGUGCAAUCAGAGGAGGAAAAAAAAUGGUUGGUGGGUUUUUUUGUUUACUAUUUAUGGAUAAGGUGAAAGCCUUAUUGCCUGAUUUUCAAAGCUGCUGGGAAUUUGCAGCCCCCUUUGAACCUGCCAGAAGCUGCAAAUGCUCAGAACCUCCCCGAAACCAGCCUCCCCUGUUUCCGUUCCUGUGUGUUGUUACCAAUCUCUAUGUAUUUCUGGUGAGGAGAAGGCGCCCUGAAAUCAUAAGAUCCCAUUUAGUAGUUUUAUGUGGGUUUUUCUUUGUGUUGCUGCACAAGUGUACUGGAUAAAAUACGCUUUUCAUAAAAUAUUUACCUGUUUUUAAAUGAAUUUAAUUAUCUCAAUGCAAGUUUUAUAUUUAAGAUACUGUUCGAUUUUUCUUGCUAUUUAUAAAGGCUGGCCUGAAAAGGUUUUGUGUGUUGAGGAUAUGCAACAUUUAUUAACUGCACUAUGGUAUGAUAUUGUAGCUCAGAAUAAUAACUUAAACUGCUUAUUUUCCGUUCUGUUUCAGUGGGGAGGGGAGGAUUGUGGGGAGAGAAGAUACUGUAUGUGUUCUUGAAGUUAGUUUUCGGCCUGUUGGAUCACAUAGGCCUGAUUCUUGCCACAGAUAUUGUAGUUUUAGAAACAGACAAACUGAGUCUGUUUUAGUAUUAGUAAGGGAUAUUUCUGGUUUUAAGUCAUGGGUUUUACUAGCACCUCGUAAGCUUUUUUAGAGAUAUACAAUAGAAAUAGAUUUUGCAAUUGAUGUCAGAUGUACUUACGUGACAUUGUCGGUUGCCGAGAGUUUUAGGUUUCCAUCCGUUGUAAUGAUGUUCAGUGUUAAAAAACCAAAUCACUAGUUUACACUAUUACUGCUGAUAAUUUUGGUGUACUUGCUGGAAUUUAAAGUAAGGCCCUGAAGAACCAGAAACUACCUUUUACUGUUGAUACAAAUUGUAUCUUUUUAACUGAGAACUAUUUUGAUUUGUAGAUUUAGUAGAAACACAAAUGUAUAACUAGUCUUUUGGGCAACAUUUUAUCCCUUAUUUAAAAAAUAGAGAUUUCAGACAUAGGAUAGACGUAGGAAAGUGACAGUAGAUAUUUAUUUAGGUGUCUGUUGCAAUUUCACAUAACAAAAAGAAAAACAAGAAACUAUUGGCAUCUUCUUCCUUCUAAAAUCUUUGUAGUGGGAACUCAACUAAAAUAAAGGUAAAAUGCUGCCUAAAAAUGAUGUCCAAGCACCUUUGAAUACGAAGACGUUUUCACUACUUGUGCGACACCAUGUGUUGCAGCAAGUAGGUUUUAGGUAUACAGUAAAUGCUUCUAAAGGGCAUUGUGCUUAUAGACAUAUCCAAUAAUCUGAACCAUGUUCAGCAAACCAAUUCAGGACGUAGUGCUCUUGCAGCUUCCACUGCUGAUGCUCUGCGGGAUCUGCCACUGCCCGUCCCUGCAGCGAUACUGGAGGGGCUCUGUGCCAUCUGUCGUGCGUUGUCUGGUUAGGGAGAGGACCUUGUCACCUCUGCCAACAGUUUUUCCCUGGAUUUGGUUGGUCGCCACCGGUAGAGCAUGUUUUAAUGUGGAGAUCGAUGCAGUGCUGAUGCUGAGGUUUGGACUGGGAAAUGGGUCUCAUCUUAGUUGUACACUAAGAUUGUUUUAAAUUGAAUUACACUACGUACUACACCAUAGUGUAGAUGCAGCUGUUUUAAUAAUGCAGUUGUUAUAUUUGUGGUUUUAAUGGGUUUCUACAUUUAUUUUUUAUGUAGGAAUUUACUUCUGCUGAAAGUUGAAUUCCUUUAAGCAUGAGCAGAAACAUUGUGUGUGUAACAAACAGAGGCAUUUUGUCUUUUUCCCUGCCACGUGAGCAUCAGAAUGCUUCCUACCGUGUACAUGUAGCAGUACAUCUAGAGUACUGGAUGCGCAGGCUUAGCCACGUUGUUAAAAUGGUGCAAGGAGACGUGGGACUGUGUGCUGCAGCGCCCAGUCCCGGGUUGUCAGUACUGACUGUGUACAUUAAAUGCAGUAUCGAAUCCCCGAAAGUGUGUUGAUUGCUGGACAAUUCUUGUCAUAGGUUCUGUGUUUUGUACUCAAGCACUGAAAACGCUUUAAAAGUAUAAGAACAGGAGUAAUUUGGUGGUUUUAAUGUUGUGCAAUGAUGUGCUAGUUCCCCUUAGACUCUGUUUUGUUGGGUAGAGCAGAUUUACUGUGGACAGAACACUGGCCUUGGUAUUUCCUUUGGUUUUGCUGUGAUAAUGGUGAAAUGAGGAGCUGCAUGUGAACUCCUCCACAAUGAAGAAAUCGGUUUAUAUAUUUAACAACCUUUAGAGAGGACACCAGUAAUAAAUACGAAUACAAAGAUACUGGCAGAAUACUACAUUUGUCAAUGUAAUCGUGUUGAUGAGAAUUGAACUGUAACAUCCCGUGUUACUUAAACAGUACAGGUAGUGCAGUGGUACUGCCUCUGCCACAGCGGAGUGCUAGAAUUGCAGCGGAGGAUUAAGUACCUCAGAAUUAGGCCUGUCCCACCUUCUUAAAGAGGGCAACACUUUCCCUUGCCUUCAGUACUUGAGAGUUGUUUUGAUACUUAGCAGAAACUCUGUAUUUUUAGAUGCAGUCCUGAGCUGUUACAGGUACAUCAGCAGUGGCGUAUAGAUUCACAGUAUUUUGAAUGCACAUUUACAUUAGGCAUCUGCCCACAAUUGUUUUGUAUACAACAGUGCAUUGCCAGUAUUUAAGAGUUUUUAGGUAUGUCCCUUGAAUACGUAACUUGGAGCUCAGUGUGCCAGGCUGUGACAGUAUUAAUCACUUGUCUUUUUUUUUAAACAGACAAAUACGAGUGUGCAUAUAGAUACACACACUCACAUAUACUUGGCAAGUGGGUUUAAGACUACUGCUAAUAGUCAGAUGUAAGAUCAUAUCUUUUCAGGUGUCCUGUUUUCUGUGGUAUGUCUGAAUUGUAGCUUGGUCCUCCACUGCAGAAGAGCUCUGGAGAGAGCCACAAGCCUGAUGUGUUUGUGUGACACCCCAAAAAGAAGGGAUGCCGGUCAGGUGAAGCCCUUGAGAGGGACUCCCACAGCCUUGGAGUGCGUGGACUGUUACCGAGCUGUUGGUGAUCUUCUCUGUGAACAUCAUAGCUAACGGUGAAUGCUUUUCCAACCCCAUCACAGCUUUGGGUGUAAACCAGAAUACCUCACUUGGAGCAGAGGGCUGGGCACGACUGCCCUGGCAGGGUGAACGCCUCGGGUGAGACAUACCACAGCAUCCUGCCACAGGAAGAGACUACCAAAACAUCUGUCAGCUCUAUCGGCUGAUGGUCUGACCAAGGUAUUUUUGAUGUGUAAAGCUUGAAACAGGAGACACAAUGCUUUCAUACUCUCUGGAGCAUUUAGAAAAAUGCCCAAAUGACUUUUCACUGCUACUGAGAAUUUAAAAUACUGUGCAAUUAAAGAGUCCGUUUGUUUAAAUAAAAAUAAUGGAGAAGUUAUUUAUUUUGA